AUGACUCGCCAGUACUCCGGUUACACUCAACUGUCGGACGACUGCAGCAGCAGCAUCCACUCCUCCACCUCUGCCUCUACGCUCAUCCCCAAGCCAAAGAUCACCAUUCAACUCCGAAACAUCGCCGCCACUCCAGCAGUCACCUCUCCCACCCGAGCCAACGUCCUCGAGAGCCUGGUCCCUCUUUCCGUCAGUAAUAUCAUGCCUCGCAUCAUUACCCCUCCCAAGGAUCUUUCCUCUGAUUCCACCAAGGCUUCUUCUUUUUCCAGUGCUACUACUGGAGCGAAGAAGGAAGGUGAGGGUGAGCAGCAGCAGAAGGCGAAGAACUGA